AUGGAUGCCUGGCUUGCAGAGAGGGUGCUGGAAGCGCAAAGGCUGGCGGGGACGACUGAUCUCGAAGAGAAGCUUCGUCUUCGUUUCGCUCUCAAUGCCAAGAUAGCCAUCGCCGAUCAGAAGGUUCGAGAUGGAAGACCUAUGUCUGCCUCGGUAGAGACUUUGUCUGUCGAUGCAUGGGAGGACUGUCUCUGCUCUCUCGCUUCCAGAGUACCUGCCUUUUUCUGCCCAUUUCUGCCUUGCCAGUUUUGCGAGGACAUACUUGACAAGCACAGACCGCAGGCCGCAGCUGCUGGACUCGGCAUCCGGCCUCGAUGGCUGGAGUCUCCGCAACAGCAGCUGGUUCUCGACGACGAAGACCUCCCUGACCAGCCAGAGGAAGUGCCUCCUGUGGACACUCCCUACACUCCAUCCGUGGCACUGUUCCUCACGGUGCGUGGACCUCGAGAAGGAGUGUUGCAAGCUCACCAAGCUGCUCGGAGCACAUACGUCUGCACAGCUGCCAGUCAUUCUUUAACACAAAGGAGAGACAACUUGACAGCCCAGAUGUCAUCGGCCUGGGCAAUCGAUGUGGACACACACAUCGUUCGAGCUCCAAAUUAUCGAGGUAGGCUGAAGACCUUGGGGCACGACGUGGAUUUGGCUUCCUGGGAGGCUUUUUUGAAGCAUGAGAUGAGUGGCCAAAAGUUCAAGAGUAUCGGACUGCUGGUGGAUGCCUCUCCAAAGGCUGGAAUGGAUGUCUGGGUCCCUAUCAUAUCCAUUGGCCAAAAGGCCAUGGCUUGGACGCUUCAAAGGUUGUCCGACCUUCUCCCAUCCACAGCUGAUCACGAAACCAAGCUUCGCGAAAGCCAAGCUGUGGCGGACACGCUGGCUGCCAAGAUGCUUAGUUCCGAUGACAAGGCCGCCACGAUGAGUAAACUGCAUCUCGGACGCACUCCGAAAGACAAUGCAGCAUGCGCCAUACUGUUUUGCUUAGCACGCUUCUGCAGGCCCAAGACAAUCGGGAAGCUUCGACAGCAAAAGUUGGCAGCAAGAGAGCAUCUGAAAGCAGUUCUUCACGUUGUUUCUUUGCUCGACCUUCAGCUCCAGCCUCCUUCUCCUCUUCUCAGACCCGUGAAGCACGAGCAGCAUGAACGUCGGGACUACUACGAUGGCAGAGCGUACAUCACCGACCAGACAACGGGCGCAGCCGUUUGGAACGACAUACCAGUUGAACAGGCCCCUGGCCUCGUGCGAAUUGUCUUGUGUCCCGACGAGGGCUCGCCGCUUUACUCCGGAUUUCAAUUCCUGGCUCAACGCGGUCUUCCGCUUGCCCUGUUGAGGGACGAACUGCCACUUGGCAUCCGGAAAACAUGUUCAAGUUUCCAAGUGUUGUGCGGUUUCUGGGAAUUCUUGCGUCUGGCUCUAUGUCCACAGAAGUCUCUUGUCUGCACGUGCUGCUCGUUGACUUAG